AUGAAUAAGAUGCAAACGGUGGCCCACUGUGUCUCCAUCAUAGAUUUUGACACUUGUCAGGAUCGGGUGGUUUUAAGGGGAUCUGACACCCCGUGUAAGGGUCGACUGGAGGUGUAUCGCAAGCCGGGGAAGCAGGAGAACCCGGAGAAGCAGGAGAACCCGGAGAAGCAGGAGAGGUGGGGUUUGGUUUGCCCUUAUGGGUGGAAUGACAGAAACGGCAAGGUGGUGUGUGAAUCAUUGCAGUGCGGGGAACUCCUUAAAACUGAUAAAGAAAUGUCCCUUUACAAAGAUUCAUCUCUACCCAAAGUUUGGUUUAUGGAUCAGGUAAACUGUACAUCUGAAAAGGAGAAUCUGAAGAGCUGCUCUUACGUUGGAGGAGCCGAUUUAAACUGUGAAGGAAACGGUUUUGUUGCAGUUGAAUGCUCUGGAAAUGUUAAACUGAGUUUGAAUGGCCAGAGCGAUAAAUGUGCUGGUGUGGUCCAGUUCACAACACAAAAAGAUGUUAUAGGAGUCUGUAACUCACAGUGGGAUACAGUAAAAGCAGACAAGAUAUGUCAGGAACUUAAUUGUGGACAACAUAGUUAUAUUCCCAAACCUGGAAUGUUUGAUGCCACACAACCCACAAAAAAGGUAUUGUUAAACUGUGAUGGGAAUGAAAAAUUCUCAUGGCAGUGUAUGGAAUUGACAGAAAGCUGCGAUAAAUAUGCCAGCGUCAUCUGUACCAAUCACAGGAGGUUUCGUCUGAUGGGCGGCAGUAAUCUUUGCUCUGGGUUGGUAGAAGAAUUCAUAGGGAAAUCAUGGGUUCAGCAAACACCCAAAAAUAUUAGCUUUGACACCAUAUGUGCUCAGAUGAAUUGUGGCAGAAAUGAUGUUAAGAAAACCAACGGCACCCACCUGACAUGUUCGGAUAAUGUCAGUCUCAGCAAAUUGAAGGAUUGUUUUGGGUCUGUUAAAGUUAAUGUUAGUGGCACUGAUUAUGGAGUUUGCUUUAAUGACAUUCCGUCUAAAGAACUGGGCACGGUGGUCUGUCGAGAGCUUAACUGUGGUGAGGUGAAGGAAGUGAAAAAGGGGGAAAAGAUUACUGGUUUGCUGAGUAACGUUGAGUGUCAAGGUGAUGAAAAAUCAUUGUGGCAUUGCCUGGCCAAACACAAGAAGACUUCAUGUUCUAGUACUAAAGUUAUAUGUUCAGAAAGUUUGAAAGUGCGUCUGAUUGACGGUUGGAGUAGCUGUUCUGGACGUGUCCAGGUGAAUCUGGAGGGUUCGUGGAAAUACGUUAAUGCCAAAGACUUGACUGACAAGAAUCCGGAUGUAGUGUGUAAAAGUCUUGAGUGUGGCGACUCGUUUAAGACGACUCAAGAUCUUUUCAUUGAAGUGAAUCCACAGGUGAUGGUGGAUGAUUGGAAGAUUAACUGUCCAAGCUCUGCAAAGAAGUUUCACGAAUGUUUCAAGGAAAGAACAAAAGUACAAAAUAAUAUAAAAUUGGUCACAAAACAAAUAAUUUGCGAAAAUGAAGCAUUUAAGUUCAUUAAAGGCGAUCAGCCGUGCAAAGGAGAAAUUGGCAUCGAGAGAUUUAAUGGUUCGGAAGGCUCAUUUGAUCCUAAUACACUAAACAAGACGACGUUGUGUAGUGAAAUGAAUUGUGGAGAUCUGCAGUUGUCCGGCACAAACACCACACAAAUCAACUGUUCAGGAUCAGUGAACGUGAGCCUUUCAGGGGGAUGCUGGGGAGAAGUGAAGGUUGAAAUGAAUGAAUGUAGAGAUGAUGGUUGUGGAGGGAUUUGCAAAAAACCCUGGAGAACAGAAGAGUCUAAAAUGCUCUGUAAGGACCUGGGCUGUGGAAAUUACAUUAACACAGUCCAGUUAAAGACACAAAAUCCUCUACAAGUGAAGUACUAUAGUGUGUACUGUCCAAAACAGGUGAACAAUCUGAAAAUGUGCAAGUUUACUCCCAACAAAAACAUCUGCAAUGAACCAGCAUCUGUGGUAUGCUCAGGCAGUGUUAAAAGCAGACUUUUUUCCCCACUGAAGACUCAGAGAGACAAAUGUGCUGGAAACGUGGAACUAUCUUAUACUGGAAGAUGGACACCUGUCUGUAAGGACAGUCUUAAUCAAAACCUUCAAGAUACAAUCUGCAGGGAACUAAAGUGCGGAGAGGCCAAAUCUGUUGAUACAGCUCGGUAUGAAGAGGGCCAAACCGAAGGACUGACAGGAAUCGAGUGUUCAAAAAACGUCAGCUCGCUUCUUGAAUGUAAAUAUGAUGGCGUAUUAAAGAAAGAUUGCAUCGCUGGCUAUCUCAAAUGUUCUGAAUGGACAAGACUUAUUCUCUACAAGAAGGACGGUCCGUGUAGCGGUCCUGUAUACGCUGUGAGCAAACAUCAAACUCCACAACAUGUCAGCAUCCAGGGCUGGAACAAAGACAGUGGGCAGUUGAUGUGCGAGUAUCUACAGUGUGGAAACUACUCAUCACAUAAUCAAUUAACCACAGUGUUUCCCACAUCAGAAUGGUGGAAUAAGACCUAUGAUUGCACAAAAAAUGAGACGAAUAUCUGGGAUUGCGAGCGUGACAGUCAGUCUGUCGAAUCCAAGCAGCUGUACAUCCAAUGUGAAGCUAAACGUCUAAACCUCAGCCUCUCAGAGUCAUGUACAGGUAAAGUGCAGAUAAAUGAUGAGCCUGUGUGCGCGUCUGAAUGGACUGAAAAAAUGUCAAAUUAUGUCUGUGACGAACUCGAGUGUGGUAGGUCCAUCCGCCAUUGGCAGCAACCGAUCUCUACUAAAUCUGAAGGCUGGCAUUUCAGCUGUAGUGGAAGUGAAACAAUUCUGCAGCAGUGCAGCCACCACAAGAGAGGCAGGUGUACCAACAUCAUCUAUGUGGCCUGUCAUAAGGGUGUUGAGUUUGGUACCACAAAGAAAUGUGGGGGGUUUCUUGGGAUCAACUAUCACGGUCAAUGGGAAUAUGUCUGUGGAGACCUGAAAGAAUCUGUUAAUAAUGAUAAGGUUUGCAAAGUACUUGACUGUCAGAAAAAUCAGGUACCGCUGAUUGAAAGAGAAAAGAUGGCCAGUACGAAACAUUUGACAUUUCAAUGUCCUGAAAAUUACCACAACCUUUCUCAUUGCCUUAAACGCUUCCAAGAAAACAACUGCAAAGCUGUUGAGAUCAUAUGUGAAGGUUUCGAGGAAAGUACACCAGUAAACAUCGGUCUUGUAUUUGGUCUAUUGCUGGGCUUUUUGGUACUGCUGGUUUUGAUCGGUGUUACGCAGAGGAAACGUCUGCUCUCGGCCUUAAGACGUUACAGAAGUAAGGAUGUCAAAAAUAUGAACUUCAAUGGACACGAGAUGAAUAACACGGAAACAGUGGACGAAGAUUCAACCGAGAGAAAGUUUGAUCAGGAUGAUUAUCAGGAUGUGGACAUUCCCAUAACCAACACAGAAAGAGAGCGUAAUGUAGAUGAGAAAAGUGCAAGAUCCUCUGGUACAGAAUAUGAUGAUAUUGAGGAACAAGCCAACGAUGCCUCUUAUCCCCAAACAACCGCUGAUGAAGCCCAAACCCUCCCACUGCUUCCUAGGAGACCUGAAAACAUGCAUGAUGAGGUCACCUAUGAAGUAGAGAAAGAGAUACAGGAGGACUAUGAUGACGUAGUGUCUGAAGAAGCACUAGCCAAUGAGAAUGCAGAGAUCUCAAUCAAAGAUGCACCAGGACAAGCAGAUGUGAUCAUGGAUGCAGGAGGAAAUGCAAAUACAAAUGAGGUGGAGGUAGAGGUUCAUACUCAACCAGAGUAAAAAUGAAACAAUGUGACAGUCGGUAAUUGACAAAGUUACAAAGUUUUAAAAAAAAAUUAUUAAAAAGAAGCAUGUUCUUAGUUUUUAUUUUAUUUGAGAAAAUCUGUAAAAGAGUGUGUAGAAGAGAAAAAAACUUUUUACACCAUAUUUUACACAACGCACAUAUAAAUUAUAUUUAAAGGUCACCUAAUAUGGCAAUUUUUCAAGAUGUUAUAUUAGUCUCAGAGUGCUGUUAUUGCCUCGGAAAAUCGUCUGUCAUGUUGUUUUUGUUAGUCUGUUAUUACAGUUAAAUAUGUGAAGCGAUAUGGAACUGUAAUGCGGUCAAGAGAGCUGACUGUAACAAAGUUCGCCGUGCGUUUCCCAGAAAAUAAUUGCACACCUCAGAACGUUCAUCAGCCAAUCAGAUUCAAGCAUUCAACAGACCCGUAGUAUAAUCAUGAUUAUAUUAUUCUGAUUGGUUGAGAAAUGGUCCAUGGGUGUUGAUUAUUUUUCUGUAAAUGUCUUAAAUUAGAGCACCUAUUUCAUUACUAAAAACUAGGGAUGCACAGAUAGGAAUUUUUUGGGCCGAUACCGAUUUAAACAGACGACUUCUGGCCGAUACCGAUGCUGAUACCGAUAUUAAACACUUGUAAACAAUACUAUACAGUUGGUCUAUUCGCUAGUUUAUUUCUGCAUCAAAUUAUUUUUACUGAACAUGGAUUGGAUCUAAUUAACAUUCAACUGACCAACAUAAUAAGAGAGGCACAAAUUAAGCUAAAACAAAUAUAAUAAGACAGCAUGACAACCUUCAAAGGUGGUUUUUGCUAUUCAGAAUUUAUUUUAUUAACAACAUUAACUCAUUUUUUUACAUAUAAUGGAUUUCUUUAUGCAGUUAAUUAAUAAACAAUCGGUAUCGGCCUUUCUCGUGCUAUUGCCGAUAUGCCGAUAGUUUCAAAUUCAUCAAAAAUCGGCCGAUAAAUAUCGGCGGCCGAUACAUUGGUGCAUCACUACUAAAAACAACAUUAUUUUGUGUAUUUGGUAUAAUACAAUGUGUUCACAUGGUUUAUGGUAAAAAAAAACAAAUUUUUUACAUACCAUACAUUUUUCUAGCUCCAGAUUUCAAGAAGUAAACUGUUGCCUACAAUCCGUGUGUUUGUUGUAGUCCAAGAAAAGAGAUUUACGUUGCAGACGAUAACUCACGUCACCGUUUACUUUGGGAUUUUGAACCAUUUGCAUAUCAUUUACAUGAAUUUAUACACACCUACACACCAAAGGACAUGUAAAAUUGUGAAUCGGACAAUUGGUGCUCUUUAAAAAUAGGCACCAGAGUAAUAUUUGUGGUAACCGGGGUAUAAGUGGAAUAAUUGACUCUUAGAAAGGAUUUGUUUAUUUUUACACAUCUUUUUGUGUUAAGCUUUUAACACAUUUUGUGUCAUUUUGUGUUGAUUUUGUGUAAAAAUAAAACCCAAGUUGUGUUAAAAGUAACACAACAUGUGUUGUUUCAAUAAUAACACAGAGAUGGGUGGAUUCUGUUUUUAACACAUCCGUUCUAAGAGUGUACCUUGGGUGUGCAUUAUUUUCUUGUAAUUCAACGGCCCGUCGUCAAUUAUUCCUUACUAAAAGUGCAGUAAUGAAUUAUGUAAAGAAGAUUUAAAAUAAAAAUGAUGACCUAACUGUGGUCUUCAGAUGGUUGUGUUCGCAAAGUGACAUCAAUUUUCUUAGAAAACGCCAACAGCUCGUCCCAUGAGUUUGUUGAGGUUUAAUAGGGAUUCAAGAAAAAGAAGCGGGCAGAUUUUUAUCAUUUCAGGUUGUUUGUGUACACACACAUUUAGGUGACACACAUUAUGCUCAAACAACAUAUCAAAGUGAUUUUUUAAUAUUAGGUGACCUUUAAAGAAUAGUAGUUUUUAAUGAGUACAUUUAAUCUGUUGUCUGUCAUUUACAAAACUCAACAUGUCCUCCACCCUGCGUGCUUGUUUAUUGAAUAUUUGGAUUGUUUUGCUAUUAUUUAGGCUACUACCAGUAAAACAAAAUUGUCCAUUUAAUGCAUUUACCAUGUUAAAAUCCAUUCCAUAGAUUUUCUAUUAAAACAUUGGUGCUUCUUUGUUUUUAAAUAAUUUUUUUUUUAUUAGAACAAAAGCUUCUACUUUACUAAAAUGAUUGUAAUGUAAACAGAAUUUGUUCUUACUUUGUGUUUUGCUUUGUGAAUUUCAUUGCUUGCUUUGGAGGUUGAAACAAACUGCUUAAAAAAUUAUUAGUAUUUUAACAUUUAUUUGACAUUAAAGGUUUUGUACUUUU